CUGCUUUACAGUAACAUACCAUGUCAUCCACUGUCUCGAAUGCGUCUAACCCGUUAGUGGAUAAACUCAUCGAGGAUGAAGCAGAGAGAGAGAUUCUACUCUCUAAGCCAACAUGUUUUAUCAUCAUUGGAAAACCAGGUGUUGGCAAAUCUACCCUAGCCAGAAAAUUAGCCAAGACUUGGAAUUGUAUCCUCAUUGAUGAUACAGAUCUUCUCAACAGCCACAUCAAUAAUGAGACUGAACAAGGUAUACAGCUCUUUAAGAUUCUGGCUGAAGGGAAAGCUGUUCCAGAAGAGAUGAUGGUCCAGGUAAUUGUUGGCCGGCUAAAGUCACCUGAUGUAGAACACUACGGUUAUGUCCUGGCCUGUUUGCCAUCAAUUUCAGAGGAUUACCUAAAGAUACAGGAGCAAAUAGACCUGAUUAAAAGCCUCGGAAUGCCACCAGACUUCAUCAUCAACAUCAAGUGUGCAGACAGAGACCUGAUCCACAGGCUAUCAGGAGAGCGUCAACAUCCGGAGACAGGCCGUGUGUUCCAGAAGGAGAAGUGGGACCCUGUGAAGAAUGAGUCAGUCAUAAAAAGCAGCAGCAUAGAAGAUGAGGAAGAGGAAGAAACAGAGGAUCUGGAGGAAGAGAUGGAAGAGAUAGAGCUACAGAAGGACAUGAUCACACAACUAGUAAGAGUGAUCGAGAAUUACCCAGAGAAUGCCAAGAGCAGGAUCGUGCGCUAUAAGGACACCAUCCUCAGGCCUCUAGAGGAUUACAUGGCAGACCAUAAUCCCCCAUAUUUAUUUGAGCUGGAUGGAAACAAGGAUCCAGAGGAGCUCUUUGAGUCAGUAAUGUCUCGUUUGGAGUCCAUGGCUGUGAGGUGUCCAGCUGUGCCUGUGCGUUUGAUGCCGACAGAGGACCCAGAGCUUCCUGAUCAGAUGGACAUGGAGGAGCUGUUUCGGACUCUGUCUUCCUGUAGGAAUGUCGCACCAGGCUUUCAUUGGCGAAGGAGUCGAUGGUCCUGGUACUGCCCGGUGGCACUCAAAGAGGGCAGGAUGGUCAAGGGUAUACCAGAGUUCGCCGUUGGCUUCAUGGAUAAGAUCUACAUCCUGUCAUCUCAAAAUGCUCUGCAGAAAUUCACGGCGAACCCUCAUUGCUACCUGCUGCCACCCAUACCCCACUUGCCUUGCAGGGUGUCCGUGAUCGGCCCACGAUGCACAGGAAAGAGCACAAUUUGUGCACUGCUAGCAGAGUAUUAUGGUGCUGUAGUGGUAGAUGUUGAGGCACUGAUGGAGCGUACACGGAGUAUGUUCACACAAGACAUGUUGGACAAAGUCCGUCACGACGCCACCCUUGCAGGCCUGGAGAAGGUCAGAGCCAAGAUGCAGCAUGAGGCUACAGAUGCAUCAGGUAAUCUGACAACCAAUGAGGGAGAGUUUGAUGAAACUUACUCAGCAAUAGAGGUGACAGAAGAUCAUCCAGAUGUUCAAGCUCUUGUGGAGGAAGCUAUGAAGGAAGCAGCAGAGUCUCCAGUCACAGCUUCACGGGAGCUUUAUUUGGAGGCCCUGAAGAAGCACAUAAGAGAGAUUGAGACUGAAGAUGUGGAUUCUGAAUUUAAAAGAGGAUGGAUACUGGACAACAUUCCCAGCAGUAGAUCACAGCUGAUCACCAUUGAGGAACUACAUGGUGCUAUAACACCUGAGGUCCUAUUCUGUCUGCAAGACAAUGGUGGAGAGGGAAGGACUGUACUAACCAGGAUGUAUGAACAGAAUAAGGAAGAGGUGGAUCGAGCGGUGCUGGCUCGCCUAAAGAAAGAUAGGAAACUGCAUAAGACACAAGACAAUCAUGAGACACUGAAACCGACUGAAGCCUCAAAUAAAGACUCACAGCCUAUUGACACCCAGCCAAAACUCGAGACAUUGAUUGAGGAGUCAGAGAGUUCUGAUAAGUCUGAUGAUGAAGUAAAAAAUUUAAAUGAUGAAGAGGUGGUACUUCCAACAGUGUGGGAAAAUGGUUAUCCUGACGGCCCAGAGAUGGAUGCCUUUAGUGUUCAGCUGAAGCAGUUUGUGGCAGAUUGGGAAAGCAUGGAGCAUACCAUCACCUGCAGCUAUGUAAUACUGGACAUCACCAACAAAACACCUCAGGACAUUCUCCAAGAGAUGAUUUACCAUAUGGAGAAGCCAUUCAAGUACACAGCUUGGAGGAUAUCCAGUGCAGAUCUGGAGGAGGAAGAGGCUAUGAAUGCGCAGGCACAGGUUGAGAAACAAGAUGAUGCUGAUGAAGAGGAGGAACAAGAAUCAGAGGAGGAAGUCAGCUUUAAGAGGCAGCUGGGAGACACCAAGCAUUUUUGUCCAGUGGUGCUGAAGGAGAGGGGUACGCUACAACCUUGUCUGGAUGAAUAUGCUGCCAAGUACAGAGACAAAGUCUAUUAUUUCUCCAGCACAGAGGCACAAGAAAAGUUCCUGAAGAACCCUGAACUCUACAUAUCUAACACACAACCAUUAAAGCCACCUGCGCUGCGUGUCUUCAUGCUUGGAGUGAGAGGCUCUGGAAAGACCAACCAUGGGAAGUGGCUUGCAGAGCAGCUGGGAGUUUUCCACAUCCAGUUCCGAGAGCGGCUACAGGAGCUGAUCCUACGGAAGACCCAGAAACAUGUGUCAUAUGCAGAUGAUUCUGAACCCCCUGAGGAACCUCCAGAGGAGCUGCAGGGCCUGCUGGAGGCUCAGAGGGCUGAAUCCCCUACAGACCAGCAGAACAAGACCAGUCAUGAGUAUACUGCAUCUGAUAAUCCUGACACAAAUGAAGAACCAGCAUUUACUGAUGAUGAGGAGGCCAUAAAGGCAUACCUCCAGGAUGGUGAUCCUCUCCCUCCGGAGAUACUGGAAAUGGUUUUAUUACAGUGGUGGGACCAGGAACCCUACAAAUCCACAGGGUUUAUUUUGGAGGGAUUUCCCCAAAGCCAAGAGGAGGUGUCCUUCAUGGUGGAGCAUCACUUGUUUCCAGAUGUGGUGGCAGUGAUGUCGGUAGAGGUGUCUGAGGUGGUGCGGCGUCUCCUGCCUUCGCGGCUCACGCGUUGGAGAGAGAGACAAGAGCGCAGGCAAGAACAAAAGCGGAUGGUCAUUAAGCUGCGGAGUGAACUCAGGGAACGGGCCAUCACCCAGAGAAGGGCUGAGCUUAUGGCUGAACGUGAAACCAAAAAACCAAGCCCACUCACUCUGAAGCCCUUCAAAGAACAGGAGGAUGAGGUUGAGGAUGACAAAGAGGUGCAAGAAGAAGCAGAGGCGAUGGACGAAGAAGAGCAGGAAUGGGAGGAAAUGGAGGCCAUACUGCUGGAGGAGUUUCCUCCUGUGGAGGAGCAGGGGGCAGAGGAUGAAGAAACCGAAACUAGUGCAGAAGAGAGGCUGGAGACGGAGAUCAGUCAGAGGUUUGAGAGGGAUGAAAACAACCUCACCAGUAUGACAGACUUUCUAACAGACAACCAAAUUCCCCGUCUGGUUAUAAGCGCAGGCAGUUUGCCUCGGAUUGUGAGGUAUCAGCUCCUACAGGGAAUCAAACCUCUGAUGGUAAACAGAGACUCACUCUUUCAGAUGUGUCAGCCAACCAGCCACAGUCUCGCCAAAAGACUCCUGUACUGCUCCUUUAAAUAUCCCAGUGCCUUCGGGUGCUGGGAUCCAAUUAAGUACACAGAAGGAGAUUUGAUCCAACCUCCACAAGGCCCUUUCAACACCACAUUCCCUGUCAUCCUACAUCAGUUCAUCUACUUCUUUGCGUCCAGGGAGACACGCAACACCUUCAUCCUCAACCCAAUCAAAUAUAUCCGUCAACCAAAGCCCAACCCUUCCCUUCCAAUCAAACUGGUUAUCAUUGGCCCACCAAAAGCAGGCAAAACCACAGUGGCCCGGGUGUUUGCACGUGAGUACGGUCUCGCUCGACUCUCAAUUGGGGAUGCAAUACGUAUGGUGCUCAACAGCCAGUCCAAAACUGAAUUGGCUUAUAAGGUGCAGAUGCAUUUGAACCAGGGCCUGACCGUUCCUGAUGAACUAGCCAUCCAGUGCCUGGAGGUGGCAGUAAUGAACCUGGUCUGCAGCACUCGUGGGUUUGUGUUGGAUGGCUUCCCUGUGACCAAGCAUCAGGCUGAAUUACUGCAAUCCUGCAGUAUUAUUCCUAUGCUAGUGAUUGAACUGCAACUGGACAUGGCUGAAGUGCUGAGGAGAGGCCUGAGAGACAGGGAAAAAAACAACAGGCCUUACCCAAUGAAUGACAGCCCCCAGGUCCUAAACAUUCGAAACUCUUGCUUCAGACGGGAAGCUGAAGCUCUUAGGCAACACUUCCACCAGCAGUACCACAACUGGACUCCCAUUGAUGCUCACAAGAGCAAGUGGUGGGUAUGGGAGCGAGUUUUAGAUGAAGUUCGCAUAAGCAUAAGACUCAUUCGUGCUUACCUGGAAAGAAUUCACAAAGGCCAGGCAGCCUGUAUAAACAGAUUGUGCAUUACCCCAAGAGAGCUGCAGUCUCGGCUGGGCGAGUUUGGCCAGUACUGCCCAGUUAGCUUAGCUCUCCAUCACCAUCUGGUGGACUGUUCACAUAACACCUCACUUGAAUUGGCUGCAGAGUUCAGGGGCCACUUCUACAAAAUGGCCAGCAAGGACUCUCUAGAGAGAUUUUUAGAUUCCCCGGAGCAGUUUGUGGUUCCAGGUUGCCCUUACCCAUUACCCCCUCCUCCACUCCUGCCUCAUAAGCUCAAUGCAGGCCAGGUGAAGAGCAAGUUCCCUCAACAGGUGGAGAUGAAGGGAUUCUGCCCCGUCACUUAUCUAGAUGGUCAACAGAGGUAUGAGGCCUUGGUGCGUGGGAAUAUGGAGUAUGCUGUUGAGUAUAGAAAUAGGAUCUAUAUAUUUGAGAGUGAGAAGAAACAAGAGCAAUUUCUCCAGUCACCUGAGAUUUACUGGGACCAGAAACUUCCACAUAAACUACCUCCGUUGGAAGAUCCGGUCUUACUAACUUCUUUACCGAUCAUGGGCUAUUUGGAACAAAGUGUGGCAGUACCCAUAAUCAAAGCCAUGACUGCUGUUGGUCAACUCAAGCCAAAGUUCCCCUUUCUCAGUGUGAAGAGAUCUGCUUUAUUGUACCUGGCCUUUCAUUUGAAAGCAUUCAACACCAGGAACCCAGACUAUAUUCGACAGAAGUACAAAAAGAAACUUCAAAAGUUUGAAGAAGGCUGUGAGCUCAUCUCAUACCUGGGUACCGACAUGAAGACAUACAGAUCCCCUCACAACCUGCCCCCAGAUUUUGCACAGAAGCUGGACAGGUUUCUGGCCCUUGAGAAGUCCACCAAAACAGCCUCAGGUCUGAUACAGCUCGGGGGCAGUUGAAACAACUUCAAAUAAUAAAAGCCUUGAGUCAGCACAUCACAGUAUUUGAUCAGUGUUGGUUGACAUUUACAUGAAUACAUUUUGCAAGCACUUUGUUAAUGUGUUCUGUUCAAUUGACAAUUAAAUGAAUGAGCCUAAUAAAUGUGUUUUAAUCUA